GGAAUGGUAUCAUAUCAUGGGUAUCAUAAUUGUGUGAGGUAAACUCUAGCAAUGUACCCGCGGAAGCGAAGACAAAGGAUGACUACUGGUAGAAACCCUAAACAUCCCCGAAGUCCAGGCAGGGAGCCCCCCACCACCAACCUUCCUCCCACUCAAUCACACAAUUGGGCAGCAGUGGCAACCUACCACAUUGUGCUGCACUAGGUAAAGUAUAGUACGAUUACUGUACUGUACAAGCACCCGGGAAUAUGUUUUCGCACGGUUAAUCUAGGUUAACCCGUAAAUAACCCCUGUCUUGUAUGAAAACAUAUUCCUGGGUACUUGUACUUUACAGUAAUAACAUCUACUCCCCACUAAGCCUAAGAGGUCAAAAUAACCUUUUCAGCCUCACCCCAGCAACAAUACAUCUCUCCCUCUCUCCCAUCUUUAUCCUCCCACCACCACCACCGGUACCACCCAACCAACAAUCAAACAAACAACCAACAACCAACAGUCAACACAAUGACAACGGCACCUCCACCCUCACCACCACCUCCAAAUCCCCUCUCCUUCCCACCAGCAACCUUCCAAAAACUCGCGCCAAAGAUCUUCCUAGAAAGGCACUUACAAUCCACUCCCGCAACCCGUCCUUCGGGUCGCAAUCCUGACACCUUCCGCACCCCCUCGCUGCACACGAACUCGCUUUCGCACGCUCACGGGUCCGCGGUUGUCCGGACGGGGGAUACGGCGGUGGUAUGCGGUGUUCGCGGAGAGGUAUUAUCGCUGGCGGCGGGGACAGGGGGUAGGAUCGUUGUCCUGCGGACUGGGGAGGACGGGAGGGGAAAGAAUGGGGAGGGAGAGGGGGAUGAAGUUCGGGAGAGGGGCUUGGUGGUUACUAAUUUGGAGAUGGGGACCGGUUGCUCGAGGGAUUAUCACCCGGGCCCUCCUACAGACUUUGCUCAGGCUGUUACCGCGAGGUUGCAUCGUUUACUGCUCUCCAAUAAGCUCAUCUCAUCGCAGUCACUACGCAUCCUGGAUCCGAACACCGAGGAGGUAAAAGCGUACUGGGUGCUCUACAUCGACGCCGUCGUCAUCUCCCUUGAUGGUAACGUCCUCGACGCCGCCUGGGCUUCCAUUCUUGCCGCUCUCCGUUCUACAAGGCUACCGCAAGCGUAUUGGGAUCAGGAUACCGAGGUUGUCGUCUGCUAUCCCGAGGUCUCGAGAUACAAGUCGCUCGACGUCAAGGGAUUGGCAUUCACUGCGUCGUUCGCAGUCAUCGACUUAGGCGCGGGGAAGGGCGGGAAGGUGAUAUUGAGUGAUCCGGAUGAAUUUGAGGAAGGGGUUUGUGGGGAGCGGGUUAUGGUCUGUGCACUCGAGGGAGAGAAAGUCGGGUGGAUCGAAAAGGGGGGUGGAGUUGGGCAGGUCGCGGAGGUGGUUGAGUGUGUGCAUCGGGCGACCGAAAGGUUCAAAAUCUGGGAGCAAUUGUUCGCAGAGGUACUGGGGAGUAGUGGGUGAUGGUGAUCGGGGGUGUCAUAAAUAAA